CUUUUUCGUGUUCUUCUUCCUUCUUCAGCGCUCCUCUCUUUUUUGAGGGGCCUAAAAAAAAGAAAAAAAAUAAGCCCUGGUUAAAUUAAUUUCUUGGGAGAAAACCCCUCCUAGCAUCGAGGUCGGAAAUGGGGGGAGGCAACGGACAGAAGGCCAAGAUGGCCCGCGAGAGGAACCUCGAGAAGCAGAAGGCCGGGGCUAAAGGGAGCCAGCUCGAAGCGAACAAGAAGGCGAUGUCGAUUCAGUGCAAGGUAUGUAUGCAGACGUUCAUCUGUACCACAUCAGAAGUGAAGUGCAGGGAGCAUGCUGAAGCAAAGCACCCAAAGUCUGAUGUCUAUCAAUGCUUUCCCCACCUCAAAAAGUAGUAGCAGACGAGGAAAAUCCUCCUCCCUCUCAAGUGGCGAUUGCGAGUACUGGUAUUAGCUUAAAUCAUCAGGAGAAUGUAGUCCUAACCUGAUGUGUUGGGACUUGUAUUCAGUGUGUAUUGUGUUUUCUUAUGAAUUCUGUUGUUUGAACUGAUCAGAAACGUGUGGGAUUUUCCUAGUUAUCAAGAUGCUUUUGUACUAGUUUAAUUGGACUCUUCUUAUGGCCUGUGCAACUAUCCUCGCUGCUUGUAUUUUA